AUGCUUUUUUCGGUAAAACUAGGCUACACACUGAUGAAGAAGAUGCCAAGAGUUUUGGUUAUCUUAAACUCUUUAAUCUCCAUUUUCUUAUUGAUUUUUUUACUAGUUGGCUGUUACAAACCAAACCAAAGCUCAACAUAUUUGGUUAGAUAUAAAUUCAAUGACGAUUCACCUUUAUAUUCUGUCAUCUCCAAACAAUUCAGCUCCAAACCAUCUACCAAGGGAUUAGAAAAGGUUAAUAUUCUCUCAGGAUAUAUGGGAGUGUGCAUCGAUAACAUUCCAUCCAACUAUUAUAAGAAUACUACCGACAAGGCCUCCACCGUUUGCUUCAACAGAAAAAAGGUUGACGACAUGCAAAUAUACGACGACCUUACGAUUAAAAUAUUCAGUUUUGGCUAUCAAAACUCUUCAAAGCAAACAGAUUCUAGCGACAUUAACAUUUUAGGUCUUGCCCACCAAAACUCAGCUGAAAUCGUUCAUCCAUAUAUCUUGAUGGUGGUUGUCAUUUUCACCAUUUUGCUGUUUGGCAUCACUACUUAUGCUGCUAUACCCAAGCUUCCCUAUAAAGAUUACACACAACGUGUCCUUAUGGGCCUCACUGCUCUAACAGCUUUUCUAUGGACUAUUGGCGCCAUUUGGGCUCAUGUCGCCAUAAAUGCUAGUGCGUCGUUAGUGCCAAGAGCUUCAAUGAAUAUUAUGAAAGUGCAUAAAGGCAGAAAGUCACAGACAAUGACCUGGUUUGCCUUUGCAUUCAUGCUAAUAAAUUGCUUUAUUAUCUGGAUGAUCUACUUCAGAGAUAGAAAAGAACUCGAUGAAAAGCUUGAUGAUGUCAAGUCAGUCGGAAAUCCAUUCUCUAACAAGUACUCUUCGGACAGUAACACACUAACAAGCGUGUAA